GAAAGAGGUGAAUAUGAGCAUCAAGAAAGAUGACAAAGCUAUAACCAGGUAUACGGAAAUCUUGGAGGAAUGUGAAAAUAUAAUUUCCUUUGUCUCCUUUCUUUGUUUUAAAUGAUGCCACAAUUUGGCCGGAGAGCAACCCAUUAAUCGAAAUAACUAUUAUUCUUCUUCACCAAAAAAUUAUGAAAUGUAUGUCUUGCCUAAACCCGCUAAUGACAAAUUCUUCAUCAUUUCAUAGCCUAUAAAAUGCCCACCUCGAUCGGCUUUCAUUCUCUGCCAUCAUCGUGCGCGCUUCUUAAUAAUAACUGAUUAUAUUCUUUAGAUUAUUGUAGUUAGGUCAAAACGGGGGUUUCUGUUUUCUUUCUGUUAUUGAAAUGGCUUUUCAAGUGAAACCAUUGGCGGUGGUAAUUGCUCUAUCUUGGGUUUUAAGCAUGCAACAGCAUUCUUCUGUUAAUGGAAAGCCACAAGUACCUUGUUUCUUCAUUUUUGGAGACUCGCUGGCUGACAAUGGCAACAACAACUUGCUUGAUUCUCUGGCUAAAGUCAACUACACGCCGUAUGGUAUCGACUUCCCUGGUGGCGCAACAGGAAGAUUUACCAACGGUCGAACCACCAUCGACGUACUAUCUCAACUUCUGGGUUUUGACAACUACAUUCCACCAUUUUCCUUGCUUAAUAGCUCUGACAUACUCAAAGGACUGAACUAUGCUUCUGGUGCAGCAGGAAUUCGCAAAGAAAGCGGGAGGCAAUUGGGUGCAAGAAUCAGCAUGGACAGACAGUUAAAGAAUCACAAGAUUACAAUCUCCCGGAUUGCUGACAUACUUGGAAAGAAGAGGGCUAAAAAGCACGUACACAAGUCCUUACAUUCAGGUGUAAAAAAGUGGUUGGCCAAAAAAUACUUAAGCAAGUGCUUAUAUUCAGUUGGAAUGGGCAGUAAUGACUACAUCAACAAUUACUUCUUGCCUCAGUACCAUGACACCAGUAAAAAGUUUACCACUGAGCAAUAUGCCGAAGCCCUUAUCAAACAAUAUUCUCAACAAAUAAAGAAGUUGCACAAAUAUGGCGCAAGGAAGGUGGUUUUGGUUGGAGUGGGACUGAUAGGCUGCACCCCAACUGCAAUUUCUGCUGGCACAAAUGGGUCUGCAUGUGUAGAUAUAAUGAACCUUGCAGCUCAACAGUUUAACCAAAGGCUUGUAUCACUUGUGGAUCAGCUCAACAGCAAUUUGACAAAUGCAAAGUUCAUCUAUAUUAACAGCUUUGAAAUGGGUUCUGGAGAUCCUUCAGCUGCUGGAUUUAAGGUUUCGAACGUCGGGUGUUGUGCGGUAAAUGAAGUUGGUCAAUGUAAAUUUGACCAAACUCCAUGCAAGAAUAGGACUGAGUAUGUGUUUUGGGACGGAUUCCAUCCUACUGAAGCCUUGAACCAAAUCACUGCAAUAAGAUCAUACAGUAGUGCUAUUAAUCCUGCAGACACUUAUCCAAUGGACAUCAGUCACCUUGCUAAGCUAAAAUUUAAUCAUAGAGUAGCUGCUUAUGAUUUCUAUUUUCGUUUUGUUAUUGAAAUGGCUUUUCAGGUGAAACCAUUGGCUGCGGUAAUUGCUCUAUCUUGGGUCAUAAACAUGCAACAACAUUCUUCUUGUGUUAAUGGAGAGCCAAAAGUACCUUGUUUCUUCAUUUUUGGAGACUCGCUGGCUGACAAUGGCAACAACAACUUGCUUGAUUCUUUGGCUAAAGUCAACUACACGCCGUAUGGUAUCGACUUCGCCGGUGGCGCAACUGGAAGAUUUACCAACGGUCGAACCACCAUCGAUAUAUUAUCUCAACUUCUGGGUUUUGACAACUACAUUCCACCAUUUGUCUUGCUUAAUAGCUCUGACAUACUCAAAGGACUGAACUAUGCUUCUGGUGCAGCAGGAAUUCGCGAAGAAAGUGGGAGGCAAUUGGGUGCAAGAAUCAGCAUGGACGGACAGUUAAAGAAUCACGAGAUUACAAUCUCCCGGAUAGCUGACAUACUUGGAGAGAAGAGGGCUAAAAACAACGUAAACAGGUCCUUACAUUCAGGUGUAAAACAGUGGUUGGCCAAAAAACACUUGAGCGAGUGCUUAUAUUCAGUUGGAAUGGGCAGUAAUGACUACAUCAACAAUUACUUUUUGCCUCAGUACUAUGACUCCAGUAAAAAGUUUACCACUGAGCAGUAUGCUGAAGCUCUUAUCAAACAAUAUUCUGAGCAAAUAAAGAAGUUGUACAAUUAUGGAGCAAGGAAGGUGGUUUUGGUUGGAGUGGGACUAAUAGGCUGCACCCCAACUGCAAUUUCUGCCCGCAAAAAUGGGUCUGCAUGUGUAGACAUAAUGAACCUUGCAGCUCAACAGUUUAACCAAGGGCUUGUAUCACUUGUGGAUCAGCUCAACAUAAAUUUAACAGAUGCCAAAUUCAUCUAUAUUAACAGCUUUGAACUGGGUUCUGGAAAUCCUGUAGCUGCUGGAUUCAAGGUUUCGAACGUUGGGUGUUGUGCGUUAAAUGAAGUUGGCCAAUGUAAACUUCACCAAAUUCCAUGCAAGAAUAGGAAUGAGUAUGUGUUUUGGGACGGAUUCCACCCUACAGAAGCCGCGAACCGAAUCACUGCAAUCAGAUCCUACACUAAUGCUAUUAAUCCUGCAGACACUUAUCCAAUGGACAUCAGCCACCUUGCUCAGCUAAAAAUUAAUCAUAGAUUAUCUACUUAUUAGAAAUCAUGCAAAAUUGCAAUCAGAUACAAAUAAGGCAACUUUUCUUUGCGCUCUGAGUUAGUUAUUGUCUUACAUUAUAAACUCAAUAUAUUUUUGUUUUAGAAUGAUGAAUG